CUCCCUGUAAAGCUUUCCACGGCUCCCCAAAUUUGUGUUUACCAACCUCUCUGCGGUUGUGUUGCAAGGUGCAAUGAGUUAUUGCUUGUCAAAGUAACCAAGAUUCUUGAAAGAAAGGCAUUAUUAUUAAGCAUAAGGCACUGUUAUGGUUAUGAGUCCUGCCUUGAAAUCUUACAACGAGGUGAAUCGCUUGUCACCGUGACUUGUCCAACUUGUUUUAUCUAUCGUGUUGGUGGCUUCGUUUUUUUAAUCCUAAUCCAGCCCAUAAAGCAUCAAAUGUGCAGAGUGAUCAUGCCACACAACCUGCUGUGAAUGUCGCCCAGUGGAGGCGAGGGCUCCUCAGCUACAACCAGUACCUGCAGAUCUGGCACCUCCCUGAACCGGUCUGGUCACGGCAGACAGAGAUCUUGAGCUGCAGGCUGUCUUGUCUUGGAUGAAGGGAGGAGGAGCAAGACACAGAGUGAUAACUCAGCAUAUUGGGUCACGUCCUUUGCAUCAGAUAUCACCAGCAACCUGGAGGUGAUGUCAGGUCUAGAGGCAACUUCUUACUGAGGGCUGGGAAGCUGCAGUGGUCAAUGCGAUCUGGUGCCAACUCAUGAUGCACAAUUUCAAGGCCCCUUCUGCUCUCCCGUCUUCAAGCUCUUUAUCUUUAAACCAGACUUAGACUGGAAAGUGCUUCAAACAGAAGACUACUUCACAUAGAGAACUGUCCCCUGAUAGCCCUUCAAGAGUAGAAGAAUGGCUAGGACGGAAACAAGAACGAGAUACCUGGAGCCUUGGAUGAUUGCGUUGAUUGUCCUAGCGGUGUUUGCAGUCGUAGCCCUUGUUGUCGGCCUGCUGGUUUAUUUUUUGGUAUAUGAUCAGAAGUUGUUCUUUUACAAUGCUUCCUUUAGAAUCAGUAAUGAGCCAUACCAACCGAGUUUGGAAAAACAGACCUCGAAAGAAUUUAGAGACCUGAGCUCCACCAUUGAGACUAUAAUUAAUGAGGCAUUUGAAGGUACUCCGUUGAAGAAAAGGAAGAUCAAAUCGCAAGUCGUAAAUCUACGUGAAGACAACAAUGGCGUGCUUGCAGACGUGGUGCUGGUCUUUAGGUUCAUUGCCUCGGAUAGGAAAGAGGCCCUCUGGAUGAGUGUGAACGAUCUUUUGCUGAGGAGGCUGAGGUUGCCAACAUGGCCCUUGAGGAUUGACCUUUCAUCUUACAAGCUCAGAGAGAUUAAUAAAGCCAACGGUGAACAUCUUAUCAGCAAUUCUCUGAAGCUGUACUGGGUGCGUGGGCUGGAGAACGGAGGUUACUGA